UAUCUCUCCUUUUUUUUUUCUCCCCAAAUCACCCCUCCGCCGAAACGGGAGCUCGAUCUCCGCCGCCACCGCCAAUCCCCGAACCCUACCUCUCCCCCCCUCCACCCAUGGCGCUCUCCCGCCGCCUCCUCCCGCUCCUCCUCCGCCGCGGGUCCACCCCCUCCCUCUCCCCCGCCCGCGCGCUCUCCACGGCCGCCGUGACGGCCGAUGCUCCCGCCGCGGCGGCGGCGGCGGCGGAGGAGGAGGCGAUGACCAUCAAGGGCGUGCGCAUCUCGGGGCGGCCGCUGUACAUGGACAUGCAGGCGACCACCCCCGUCGACCCGCGGGUGCUCGACGCCAUGCUCCCCUUCUACCUCUCCCGCUACGGGAACCCCCACUCCCGCACCCACCUCUACGGCUGGGAGUCCGACGCCGCCGUCGAGGAGGCCCGCGCCCGCGUCGCCUCCCUCGUCGGCGCCGACCCCAGGGAGAUCUUCUUCACCUCCGGCGCCACCGAGUGCAACAACAUCGCCGUCAAGGGCGUCAUGCGCUUCUACCGCGACCGCCGCCGCCACGUCGUCACCACGCAGACCGAGCACAAGUGCGUCCUCGACUCCUGCAGGUACCUCCAGCAGGAAGGCUUCGAGGUCACCUACCUCCCCGUGCGCCCCGACGGCCUCGUCGACGUCGCGCAGCUCGCCGACGCCAUCCGCCCCGACACCGGCCUCGUCUCCGUCAUGGCCGUCAACAACGAGAUCGGCGUCGUGCAGCCACUCGAGGAGAUUGGUCGAAUCUGCAAGGAGAAGGGCGUGCCCUUCCAUACUGAUGCUGCCCAGGCGCUCGGGAAGAUCCCGAUUGAUGUCAACCAAAUGGGGAUUGGGCUCAUGUCUUUGUCUGCGCACAAGAUUUAUGGGCCAAAGGGCGUGGGUGCUCUCUAUCUGCGUCGUCGACCCCGCAUUCGUGUGGAGCCGCAGAUGAGUGGCGGUGGCCAGGAACGCGGAAUUCGCAGUGGAACAGUGCCAACGCCUCUUGUUGUUGGAUUUGGUGCUGCCUGCGAAAUUGCGGCUAAAGAGAUGGACUAUGAUCACAGGAGAGCCUCGGUUCUGCAGCAGCGCCUUCUUGAUGGCAUCCGUGGACAGGUUGAUGAUAUUGUUAUCAAUGGAAGCAUGGAGCAUCGGUACCCUGGUAACCUGAAUUUGUCAUUUGCAUAUGUUGAGGGGGAGAGCUUGCUGAUGGGCCUGAAGGAGGUGGCUGUGUCGAGUGGCAGUGCCUGCACUAGUGCCAGCUUGGAGCCCUCUUAUGUGCUGCGGGCACUUGGUGUAGAAGAGGACAUGGCGCACACCUCCAUUCGCUUUGGCAUUGGCCGCUUUACCACUGAGGAAGAGGUUGACAGAGCAAUUGAGCUCACCGUGCAUCAGGUGAAGAAGCUUCGUGACAUGAGUCCACUGUAUGAGAUGGCCAAGGCAGGCAUUGACCUCAAGAGUAUCCAGUGGGCGCAGCACUGAGACAGCUUUCACUUAGAGCUAAUCCCUGGCUGCUUUUGAAGUGCACGGAAGGACACAUAGAUAGGUUACCUGUGGCACGUUUUGAGCAUAUAACAAUCCACGCAAUGUUUUCCCAGUGAUUAGUUCUGAGUGUACAUUCAUUUACUUUGGAGAUCUUCUCACUAUGCCAAAAGGAAAGGCCUGUCUGGUGUUGGUGAAGACAUUUCUAUGAACCAUGUGAUAGUUCUGUCAAGACAAUCAGCUAGUAUUGUACAUCUGUUCACUUGCCAAGUUGCCAGCUCUCAGGCUGGCAACUAAUGUUUUCUGCUAGGUUAGCACCUUGUUCUCUAGCUAGAAUACCCCAACACGAAAUAAGAAUGCUUGAGUGGUUACUGUGUUGCCUGAAACCCUUUAAGAUACUAAUUGGAGUUACUGGCAUAAUGCUGUUACUAUAUAUUUUGGUGCUCACAUUAUAAUUUCAACACACCAGGUUAUCUGUUA